CCAUGGACGGACUCGGGCAUCCGCCAAAGGCAGCACACUGUCGCCGCACGUCUCAUCUUCCAACUCGCCACGGCGGCCUACUUAUAAAACCGCCGCCGCCUCUACCAUCCGGCAGUUCGGAACUCACACACCUAUCGGGAUCGACCGGGCCACCGGGAACUGCGACACUAUACAGGGAGAAAGAUGGGGUGGAAGGGCAUCCUGGGCUUCGACUACGGCGUGGUCCAGGCGCCGCUCGGCCCCGACAUCUCCGGCCCGGAGCUCGCCGCCGCCGUCGCCAACGCCGGCGGCAUAGGCCUCCUCCGCCUCCCCGACUGGCCGGCGCCGGAUCACGUGAGGGAGCUGAUACGGAGGACGAGGAGCCUGACCGAGCGGCCGUUCGGGGCGGCCAUCGUGCUGCCCUUCCCGCACGAGGAGAACCUGAGGGUUGUGCUGGAAGAGAAGCUCGCCGUGCUGCAGGUGUACUGGGGCGAGUUCCCCAAGGAGCGGGUCGACGAGGCCCACCGCGCCGGCGUCAAGGUCUUGCAUCAGGUCGGUACCCUUGAGGAGGCAGAGAAAGCUAAGGAAGCUGGUGUAGAUGGAAUUAUUGUUCAAGGCCAUGAAGCAGGGGGGCAUGUGAUUGGUCAAGAGGGUCUCCUACCGUUGCUGCCAAGAGUAGUGGAUCUAUUUUCGGAUAGUACUAUCCUGGUUAUCGCGGCUGGUGGAAUUGUAGAUGGUCGUGGCUAUGCUGCAGCAUUGGCACUUGGUGCUCACGGUGUUUGCUUAGGAACAAGGUUUGUGGCUACUGAGGAAAGCUUUGCACAUCCUCAGUAUAAGAAAAGGCUAACAGAGAUGAGCUGUACGGACUAUACAAAUGUAUUCGGGCGAGCUAGAUGGCCUGGUGCUCCACAACGUGUCCUGAAAACACCCUUCUAUGUUGAGUGGAAGAAUCUCCCAGAUCAUGAAACAGAGGAAAAUCAGCCUAUUAUAGGCCACUCUAUCAUCCAUGGUGUGCACAAGGAUGUACGUCGGUUUGCUGGUACUGUCCCUAAUGCAACAACAACAGGCGAUAUCAAUAGCAUGGCCAUGUAUGCUGGCCAGGGUGUUGGGCUAAUCACGGAGAUCGUACCAGCAGGUGAAAUUGUCAAAAGGCUAGUUGCUGAAGCACAGCAUGUCACCGGAGAAAAUCUUUCCGUUUUUCCCUGAUCAUGGACAGAGUACCGGUAAAUCCUCCCUAAACCGCAAACCUGUCUAAUGUUGUAUCCUGGUAUUUACAAGUAAUAGCCAACCAAAAUAAUUAGUUGGCAGAGGUUUUCUUUGGCCACGAUGUUGUACUUGUAAGUAGUAUAGGCUAGUGGUGGCGUAACUGGUGCUAUACGCUAUUUGUAUGUAAUAACUAUAAUAAGCAAUGAAAAGAAAGAGAUUUGAUUUUCAGUACCAUCA